AUGUGGGACUUGGAAGAGAGCGAUUUGCCGGCUGCACUAAGUCUAAGCUAUUAUUUUCUUUCCACACAAUUGAAGCAGUGUUUUGCUUAUUGCUCUGUAUUUCCUAAAGAUCAUAAAUUCAAGAAGCAACGUCUCAUUCAGCUGUGGAUCGCAGAAGGUUUUAUUAGAAGGAACACUACAAGAAUGAAAGAAAAAGCAGGUGACCAAUAUUUUGAUGAUUUGCUGCAUAGGUCUUUCUUUCAGCACUACUAUGGAUCUAAGUAUACCUUUGUAAUGCAUGACCUUGUACAUGAUUUAGCACAAGCAGUUUCAGGAGAGUUGUAUGGUAGAUUUGAGUGCGGUAUGAAAUCGAGCUGUAACUUCAAAGAGACCCGUUAUUCGUCCAUGAAUUGUGUAAAUUCCAUAAACAGGGACAAAAAUCAUGAUCAGAAGAGGUUGUCCACAUUGAUAAAUCUAGGUGGUUAUUUUAUGUCCCACCGCAAUUGCCUUAUUGAUUCUUUUGGAAGACUGAGAUACUUACGUGUCUUAGAUUUGUAUAAAUCAAAUAUUAAGAUGCUUCCGGAUGAUAUUGGCGAUUUCAAAUGCCUACACUAUAUUAACCUCUCAUUUGCUCGUGACAUAGAACGAUUACCGGUGUUAUUGUGCGAUCUUUUCAAUCUACAGUCGUUGAUACUCCGUUAUUCCGGAAUACAUGAGUUACCUAGAGGUAUGAAGUAUCUACGCAAUCUCCAGCAUCUAGACGUUUAUGGGUGCAUAUACUUACUUUCCAUGCCACAAGGAAUUGGGAGAUUAAGUAAUCUCAAGACAUUGUCAGAGUUUACUGUCUCAAAAGAAGAUGAUGGUCGUGGGAUAAGAGAGCUGAAGGAGCUGAGGCAGCUUGAGGGUGCACUUUCAAUCUGCUCACUACAGAAUGUGAUUCAUCCUCUAGAUGCUCGGGAAGCUGAUUUGAUGAGUAAUCCAAAAGUUGAUGGGUUAACAGUUAGGUGGGAUUACAGUAUUAGUGGUAAUAAAGAAGUUGAGGUUUUAGAAAGUUUACAACCUCACACUGAUCAGCUGAGGAGUUUACGUAUCUUCGAAUACAGUGGGUUAACAUUUCCAAGAUGGUUGAUGAUCGAUUUGCCAAGUUACAACAAGCUAGUCUCUCUGACACUCUUCAACUGCUGCGAAUGCCAAGUCCUCACUCCGAUUGGGAAGCUACCCCAAUUGGAAUCUCUACGCUUAGUAAACAUGAUGAAGUAG